AUGGCGCUUCUGCAAAGGCUGCUGCCCCUCGCCCUGGCGCUGGCCCUGGGCCCGGCCGCGACCCUGCAGGGCCCCGCCAAGUCGCCCUACCAGCUGGUGCUGCAGCACAGCCGGCUCCGGGGCCGGCAGCACGGCCCCAACGUGUGCGCCGUGCAGAAGCUCCUCGGCACCAACAAGAAGUACUUCACCAACUGCAAACAGUGGUACCAGCGGAAAAUCUGCGGCAAGUCUACAGUCAUCAGCUACGAGUGCUGUCCCGGAUAUGAAAAGGUCCCAGGCGAGAAAGGCUGCCCAGCAGCCCUCCCGCUCUCAAACCUUUAUGAGACCCUGGGAGUUGUCGGGUCGACCACCACUCAGCUGUACACGGACCGCACAGAGAAGCUCAGGCCGGAGAUGGGAGGACCCGGCAGCUUCACCAUCUUCGCCCCCAGCAAUGAGGCCUGGGCUUCCUUGUCGGCUGAAGUACUGGACUCCCUGGUGAGCAAUGUCAACAUCGAGCUGCUCAAUGCGCUUCGGUACCACAUGGUGGACAGACGGGUCCUGACGGAUGAGCUGAAACAUGGCAUGUCGCUCACCUCUAUGUACCAGAAUUCAGACAUUCAGAUCCACCAUUAUCCCAAUGGGAUCGUAACUGUCAACUGUGCUCGGCUGCUGAAAGCCGACCACCACGCCACCAAUGGUGUGGUCCACCUCAUCGAUAAGGUCAUCUCCACCAUCAGCAGCAACAUCCAGCAGAUUAUUGAGAUUGAGGACACCUUCGAGACCCUCCGGGCUGCUGUGGCUGCAUCUGGACUCAACACCCUGUUGGAAAGUGAGGGCCAGUUCACACUCCUGGCCCCGACCAAUGAGGCCUUCGAGAAGAUCCCGGCUGAGACCUUGAAUCGGAUCCUGGGGGACCCAGAGGCCCUAAAAGACCUCCUGAACAACCACAUCCUGAAGUCGGCCAUGUGUGCCGAAGCCAUCGUGGCUGGGAUGUCCAUGGAGACCCUGGAGGGCACCACACUGGAGGUGGGCUGCAGUGGAGACAUGCUCACCAUCAACGGGAAGGCCAUCAUCUCCAACAAAGACACGCUGGCCACCAAUGGCGUGAUCCACUACAUCGACGAGCUGCUUAUCCCAGACUCGGCCAAGACGCUGUUUGAGUUGGCUGCCGAGUCUGAUGUCUCCACAGCCGUUGACCUUUUCAGACAAGCUGGCCUGGGCACGCAUCUCUCUGGAAACGAGCAGUUGACGCUCCUGGCCCCCCUGAACUCUGUGUUCAAAGAUGACACCCCUACCAUCGAUGACUCCACAAAGGAUUUGCUUCUGAACCACGUGAUUAAAAACCAGCUGGCCUCCAAGAAUCUGUACCACGGACAGACCCUGGAUACUCUGGGCGGCAAAAAACUGAGAGUGUUCGUUUAUCGGAAUAGCCUGUGUAUCGAGAAUAGCUGCAUCGCUGCCCAUGACAAAAGGGGGCGGUACGGGACCCUCUUCACCAUGGACCGGGUGCUGACCCCCCCAAUGGGGACCGUCAUGGAUGUCCUGAAGGGGGACCACCGCUUUAGCAUGCUGGUUGCCGCCAUCCAGACUGCGGGGCUGACCGAGACCCUCCAUCGGGAAGGGGUCUACACAGUCUUUGCUCCCACAAAUGAAGCCUUCCAAGCCAUGCCACCAGAAGAACUGAACAAACUCUUGGGAAAUGCCAAGGAACUUGCCAACAUCCUGAAAUACCACAUUGGCGACGAAAUCCUGGUUAGCGGAGGCAUCGGGGCCCUGGUGCGGCUGAAGUCUCUCCAGGGCGACAAGCUGGAAGUCAGCUCGAAAAACAAUGCAGUGUGUGUCAACAAAGAGCCCGUUGCUGAAACUGACAUCAUGGCCACCAAUGGUGUGGUCUAUGCCAUCACCAGUGUUCUGCAGCCUCCAGCCAACAGACCUCAGGAACGCGGGGAUGAGCUUGCAGACUCUGCACUGGAGAUCUUCAAACAGGCCUCGGCAUUUUCCAAGGUGAGGCGCCUGUGAGCAGGCCUGUGUCCUCUUAGGCCCGUGGGGCUCUCCAGGCCUCUGUCCUCCUUGACUGCCCUCCCGGGAAUCUCGCAGACCUUCUCUCUGCUUCCGUUCCCUGCCCACGUGGACUUCCGAGGGAAGAACACAGGCAGCGCCUGUUUCCUUUAGGCCUGGAGCCCGGGCCUUAGAACGGGAAACCACUGCUGGUGUAAAGGCUGCAGGCUUUACCCUGGGUCCCCGCUCUCCAAGGGGGGCACAGCCUAGCCUGAACUGAGCUUGUUGUGGCCUGGCUAGC